AUGUUCAAACCCCCGGUCGCUUGUCAAGCCGCGAAGGCAGUUUUCCAAUCCUCACGCCCAGCUGUAUUGGCACGGCCAUCGCUGAACACAUUCGUCCGGCCCCUCUCCUCGACCGCCUCUCGUUUCAACACAGAUGAUGACAAGAUUAAGAAGGAUCCCUUAUUAACAGCAACUACCAAGGCUCCUGAGGGCACAUUAGGCGAGAAGGAAGGCCGUUUUGCCCGUACCGACGAGAAUGUCAAGAUUGAGUAUCCCGAUGAUGAGAACAUGCCCCGGUCUCCGAUCGUUCAGGGCCGUGGUGGAAUGCACUUCAAGCGUACCCUGGCCCAGUUCUCCCUCGAGAACAGAGUCACCCUCGUGACUGGAGGUGCUCGUGGCCUGGGACUGACCAUGUCUCAGGCUAUUGUGGCUUCGGGAUCUGACCUGGCCAUUGUCGACUUGAACAAGGAGGAAGCCGAGGACCAGGCUAAGAAGCUCGUGGAGCAGUUCCAGAAAGAAAAUCCGGGAUUAGAAGCUGACCAGAUGCCGACUGUUACCGCUCAUUAUGCAGACGUGUCUAAGCCCGACUCUGUGAACGCUGCCAUCGCAGAAGUACUCGAGAAACACAAAAAGAUUGAUCACCUCGUUACCUCCGCCGGUUUUACUGAGAACUUUGAUGCAAUUUCAUACCCCCACGACCGGAUGCAGAAGCUGUGGGGUGUCGUCGUGGAUGGAACCUACCUGUUCGCUACUGGUGUUGCCAAGCACCUAAUGGAUCGUAAGGCCUCUGGUAGCAUGGUCAUGAUCGGUAGCAUGUCUGGUGCGAUUGUCAACGUCCCCCAGCCCCAGGCUCCUUACAACGCGGCCAAGGCAGCCGUCCGUCACCUUGCCUCCUCCCUUGCCGUUGAGUGGGCCGGCCACGACAUUCGCGUCAACUGCAUCAGCCCUGGAUACAUGCUGACUGCACUUACUCGCAAGAUCUUGGACGAAAACCCCGAGCUCCGCGACAAGUGGAUUUCCCUGAUUCCCACCGGGAAGAUGGGUGCACCGGAGGACCUGAUGGGCGCCGUGACAUUCCUGCUCAGUGAUGCGUCCCGCUACGUUACGGGCGCUGACCUUCGCGUCGACGGUGGCUACACCCUGACCUAA